UGACAGAGAAAGAUGCCAGAACCAGCAAAGUCCGCCCCGAAGAAGGGCUCCAAGAAAGCGGUGACGAAGAGCGCCGGAAAGGGCGGCAAGAAGAGGAAGAGGAGCAGGAAAGAGAGCUACGCUAUCUACGUGUACAAGGUGCUGAAGCAGGUCCAUCCCGACACCGGCAUCUCGUCCAAGGCCAUGGGCAUCAUGAACUCGUUCGUCAGCGACAUCUUCGAGCGGAUCGCUGGCGAGGCCUCCCGCCUGGCUCACUACAACAAGCGCUCCACCAUCACCUCCAGGGAGAUCCAGACUGCCGUCAGACUGCUGCUGCCCGGUGAGCUGGCCAAGCACGCCGUGUCUGAGGGAACCAAGGCCGUCACUAAGUACACCAGCUCCAAGUAAACACCUUCAUCAUCCACAACACACAACGGCUCUUUUAAGAGCCACACGUGUUCACGAAUUAGAGCUCAACGUCCAAUGGCAACAUAAAUAUUUAUAUGUUAAGCUAAUUAAUACAUAAAUGUACAGUGAUGGGCAUGGAAGUAUACUUCUUACAUGAAGUAGAGGAUAGAGAAGCAGUUUCACAUACACACUUUGAAAUGUUCUGUUAAACUAUGAGGUGAGUCACUUUGAAAACUUCAAAGCAUAAAAGCAAUCAUUUUUGCUUCAUGGCCUAAACUAUGUCAGUAACAAAUGUACAAGUUAGUUUCAACAUAAUUGUUUUUGUGUUUAAUAAAAUAAACAGUAAUCUCUUUUCUGAUCACUGGACACUCCACUCUCGUUUUAAAUGAUGAAUUACUGACCAGUCACAGUGUAAUUAAUAUUAGUCUAAAUGGCCUUCAUUUACAUCUGUAAUGAUUCCAGACAGUCAGACUCUGCUGUUAGAUGUUUAAUGGUUUAUACGUGUUCAUGGAGGAGCUGAAAACAACUGGUUUUAUGUUUUACUUGAUUUAUUGCUGCUGCUCUGCAGCAGUGUUUGUAAAAUAUAUUCUCAUGUACUGACUUGUUUAUUGUAAGUCAUAAGGAAAUUCAGUGAAUAA